UACGCACACUCUUUGAAAACUAGUUGUUGCCUUUCGUUUCACAAAAUUUUAUAUAACUUUCGGGGUGACAACACGGCCGACACAUAAACAAAAUAGAAAUCGCAGCUUGUGAUUACAUAGGUACACUCCUCACACAUCUGCAACACGGCCUGCAGUUCCAAAUUCUUCGUGUUUUAGACCAAGGCGUUCCGUUCCAGAAGUGGUAAACACACAACAAAAACCACAGCUGACACAACAACAACAACGAACAACCUGUGUGCGUUUGAUUAAUAUUCCUGGUUAGAUACAUUCAAUUAUCAGAAGCUAGCAUCAUGUCGAUCAGACGAGCCAUGUCCACAACGGCCUCCAAGGAGUGGCGGGAUUACUUUAUGAGUACCCACUUCUGGGGCCCGGUGGCCAACUGGGGUAUUCCGGUGGCUGCUCUGGCGGACACACAGAAGAGUCCCAAGUUCAUCUCCGGCAAAAUGACAUUGGCUCUGACCCUGUACUCCUGCAUCUUCAUGCGAUUCGCCUACAAGGUGCAGCCCCGGAACUGGCUGCUCUUCGCCUGCCACGCCACCAAUGCCACCGCCCAGACGAUCCAGGGCCUGCGCUUCCUCCACUACAAUUACGGGUCCAAGGAGCAGCAGGCAUAAGCAACGCAGCCUUGAAUCCCACUUCCCCGAGAACGACGCGCGAAGCCACCUCAAAUGUUUACCCAACAGCAGCAGCUACCGCAAUUUACUGCCACCACACGCAACAAACAUCUAGCAAAUUGCACUGCCCUCCAAUUCAAAGCCCAAGGGGUGAAGUAAUUGCCGUGAAUCACACCCGCACAAUUGGUUGAAUCUCGAAUCGCAAAGUUGUCGUGCCGCUUGCGUCGAUUUCUCGGCGGUCCAAUCCCAAUUCCAAUCGAGUCUAUCCUAUCCCAAUCUUGUUGUUUUGCCUAUUUACAUAGUUAAUUCCGUUUGGCAGUUGAACAAAAUUUUCAGUCGGUGCAAUCUUUAGUUUACGAUUAUAAAGUAUGAUUACAAGAAAUAGUUAACAGUUUAAUAAAAAAUAGAAAAAUAUAACUUGUCUAUAAUCUGUGACCCCAAAAUGGUUGUAAUAAAAAUUGUAAAUUGAGUUCU